CUCCUCCUCCUCCGCAGAAGCGCAUAAAAGGCGCGCCUUUGGGACGGGCCGCACUCCCCGGAGAGACGCUCGGCGGCGCGGCUUUUGCAGGCACAGCGCGGAGAGGAGCCCGAGGGCGCGAGUUCGAAUCCAACCAUGGCGAUGAGGCUUCACUUCAAGAUGCUGACGGGCGAGGUGCACACGCUGACGGUCUCUCCCAACCACACCAUGUGGGAGGUGAAGGUGCUGCUGGAGCGCAAGAUGGGCUGCCGGCGCUACCACCAGAAGCUGGCGGCCGAGGCGGGCAGCGGGAUUGACCUGCGGGAUGCCAGCUCGGUGGCGUCCUGCGGCCUGCACUCGGGGGACACCCUGGCCCUGCUGGUCAAGGUGGAGGAGCCCAUCCCCAUCUUCCUGCGCAACGACCGCGGGCACCUGCGCGCCUACCAGGUGAUGCCCUCCGAGGCGGUGGCCGACUUCAAGGCGCGGGUCCAGCAGCAGGAGCACGUCCAGGCCGGCCAGUACUGGCUCCUCUACGAGGGGAAGCCCCUGGAGAACGGCAGCCUGGCCGACUACGGCAUCGCCCCCGAGGGCACCAUCUACCUCAACCUGCGCGUCCGCGGCGGGUGAGGAGGGCCCGGGCCCGGGAAGAGCCUCCCGAGGGUCCCCAGGGAGACCAAAGGCCUCGCUCGCCCUCUCCGUGGCUUCUGGUGUCGUGGCGUCACCCUCUUGUGUAGCCCCCUUAGGUAUCCCCCAAACCCCUCCCUUGGACUCUUUCCACAAAGGAACGCCUAAGAAAUAGCUGAGAAAUGCGGCACCCUCAGGGCAGCCCAUUGAGACCUCUUCCCAUAGAGAAAGGGACCCAAGGCUCUCCAAAGGCUCUCCAAAAGCCUCUCCAAAAACCUUCAGGGCAUCCCAUUAAGCUUCAGUGCACCCCUUUUCACAUAGAAAUGUAUAGAAAUGUGGUGGUGUUAGGGCAUCUGACCCCCUUUCCCUAUAGAAACAUAUAGAAAUGUGGUGGUGUUAGGGCAAGACCUCUCCGUUAGAACCCUUUACUUAUAGGAACGUAUAGAAGUGUCUUAGAAAUGUAGCACCUUUAGAACAUCCUACCAAGACCCCUCUGUUAGACCCUUUCCCCUAUAGAAACCUAUAGAAGUCUUAGAAGCGUAGCACCAUUAGAACAUCCUAGCAAGACCCCUCCGUUAGACCCCGUUCCCUAUAGAAACCUAUAGAAAUGUCUUAGAACCAUAGAACCUUUAGGACACCCUACCAAGGCCCCUCCGUUAGACCCUUUCCCCUAUAGAAAUCUAUAGAAGUCUUAGAAGCGUAGCACCUUUAGGACAUCCUAUCAAGACCCAUCCGUUAGACUCCGUUCCCUAUAGGAACGUAUAGAAUUGUCUUAGAACCGUAGAACCUUUAGGACACCCUACCAAGGCCCUUCCGUUAGACCCUUUCCCCUAUAGAAACCUAUAGAAGUCUUAGAAGCGUAGCACCAUUAGAACAUCCUAGCAAGACCCCUCCGUUAGACCCCGUUCCCUAUAGAAACCUAUAGAAAUGUCUUAGAACCAUAGAACCUUUAGGACACCCUACCAAGGCCCCUCCGUUAGACCCUUUCCCCUAUAGAAAUCUAUGGAAGUCUUAGAAGCGUAGCACCUUUAGGACAUCCUAUCAAGACCCAUCCGUUAGACUCCGUUCCCUAUAGGAACGUAUAGAAUUGUCUUAGAACCGUAGAACCUUUAGGACACCCUACCAAGGCCCUUCCGUUAGACCCUUUCCCCUAUAGAAACCUAUAGAAGUCUUAGAAGCGUAGCACCAUUAGAACAUCCUAGCAAGACUCCUCCAUUAGACCCCGUUCCCUAUAGAAACCUAUAGAAAUGUCUUAGAACCGUAGAACCUUUAGGGCACCCUACCAAGACCCCUUUGUUAGUUUCCUUUCCCUAUAGGAACGUAUAGAAAUCUGGGGGUGUUAGGGCAUCCUACCAAGACCCCCUCCACUGGACCCCUUGACAUAUGGAAACAUAUAGAAAUGUCUGAUAUCUUGUUCCUGGAGAUGCAUUCCGUUUCCAUUCCGACCAAAAUUGGGCAGUUGUUUUCCUCUUCCCUCCUCAGCCCACUUUCCUUGAGCCUCCCUUAGAGACCCAUUUCCUCUUUGGAUGUUAUUAUUAUUAUUAUUAUUAUUAUUGAUGUUGUUGUUGCUGUUAUUCCUGUUAUUGUUGCCUUCUUACCAUCCGCCGACUUGGGAACCUUUGGGACCAAGCUGUGGGGCUCAAAUGGGGUUUCGACAACAAAACUGUGAAAUUUUGUGGUUGUGCUUGUGUUGUACGCAUUGUCCGCAGCUUUCAAUAAAGUGAGUCGUGACUCCA